CUGCGCGGCGGCGGGAGCCGCCAUGUUGCGCUUUGCCACGGCGGUGUUACGGCGGGCAGCGAGCAGCGGGCAGGGCCAGGAACCGGGUAAGGUCCCAGGCUCGGAGCGGUUGGAUCCGUCGCUUCUGCGUUUCCUGGUGUGCCCGCUGUCUAAGCGGCCGCUGAGGUAUGACGAAGCUACCAACGAGCUCGUUAACGAGGAGCUGGGCAUUGCCUACCCCGUCAUCGACGGCAUCCCGAACAUGAUCCCAGAGGCGGCCAGGACGACCCAGAAGAAGCCCCCCGCCGAGGGUUCAGAGCAGCCCUGAGGGACCUACUAGCCACAGCAGUAAACUGGGAGCCAUGGCCGGAGGAGGCCUGCUCCCCUCCCUGCCCACACUGACCGUACUGGUUCCCCUCCUGUCCCUCGCGGGCUUGUUUUACUCAGCCAGCGUAGAUGAAACCUUCCCCCAGGGCUGCACCAGCACAAACAGCUUAUGUUUCUACAGUCUCCUCCUUCCUGUUACAAUACCUGUAUAUGUGUUCUUCCAUCUGUGGACCUGGAUGGGGAUUAAGCUUUUUAGGCACAACUAGUGCGAUGCGUUUGCCAGCUCCUGGGCUUCUCUAAAGCAACACCGUUUAUUUAAUCUCAUCAGGUACGCCGUUGAUUUGGGGAGUUCCCUUCUGGCACUACUGACUCUCAUCAUUUUUUCUAGUGGUACCUGGAACCGUGUAAAGUUCUCUGCAGCAGCCUAUUACUUAAUUACUGCUAAGGCAGAUAAUAAAGUAAUUCAUUCUAGUGUAUCCCUUCAAGAGUGGUGUGUGUUUGUAGUGGCACUAAGAAAAAUCUUCUAGGUGGUGAUUGUUUUUAUGAGGAAGAACUGUACCCUGACUGAAAUAAAUGAUCUCAAAUAAUAAGCAAUGAUAA